AUGCGCAACCUCAAGUGCCGUCCACCAGUCAACCAGUCUCCCGCUCUCCCUCACCACGCGUCGAACCCCGCUUCCAUCUCCUCACGGCAGACGAGCGUAAAUAAUGGCGGUGUUGGCUUCGUCAACUUCACGCCAGACGACAGCCGCAAAAUCCUCACAGGUGUCGCACCCAGCGGUUCCAGCAAGACAAAGGCACGACGAGAGAAGGAAGCCGCCGAUAAGCGCAGGAAGCUUAGUCGAGCGGCUAUGAAGGCUGUUAUAGAGGCCGGUGGUGAUAUUGACAGUCUGAGGAGGUUGGAGAGGGAGGGUCUGCUGGUCAUGGAAGGGUGA